GGUGUUGUGGCUCAGGGAUUGUCGCUUUUUCCCCAUCCAUGUGCCAGCUCUGCAGCAGUGGGUAAAACACCUGGACCUGACAGUGGGAAGAGGAGAGCGAGAAGAGCACGGGGAAGAGAUGGGGGACCCCAAAGCCAAGUAAGGAGGGGAGGAAAGAAGCUCUUGGGCAUCAGGAGAGCACAGCCACACCUCCAUCACCCAGCUCUGUGUUGGUCCUGACCGUAACCUCCGACCUGGAGCAAAACAACAAACAAUUCCACCAGUUUGGUUCUUCUGCUUAAUGCUUUAGGUUCUGGGCUAUAAUCAGAAGAAAUCUGGACCAUCCUACAGAAAACAGUGGUGGAGGUGCACUGGGAGUAGAGGCCUGACUGUGGCUUUCCAUGUGCAAUAAUCCUCAGCAUGUCCUUGUUCCAUCCCACUCUGGCCGGGUCCUUCCUCCUGCUCUUCCUCCUUCCAGGAAUUCGGGUUUCAGCUGAGAACAUCAACUUUUACAACGUGAGGCCUCCCCUGGACCCCACUCCGUUUCCAGACAGUUUCAAGUGCUUCACUUGUGAGAACGCAGAGGACAAUUACAGCUGUAACAGAUGGGCUGAAGAUAGGUGGUGUCCUGAAAGUACUCAGUACUGCCUGACGGCCCACCUCUUCACCGACCUCGGCAAGAGCACGUCGGUCACCAAGAAAUGCGCCACGGGGGAGGAGUGUCACUGGGUGGGCUGCCACCGCCACGGGGACAGCGGGCACACGGAAUGUGUUUCCUGCUGUGAGGGCAUGAUCUGCAACGUGGAGAUCCCCACCAACGCCACCAACGCCGUGUUCGCCGUCCUGCACGCCCGGAGGACGUCGGGUGGCAGCAGGAGGACGGUCAGCGUGGCAGUGCUGCUGUCCCUCGUGGUGCUCACCCUGUCCUGACGCUGCCCCCCUCGCCAAAGACCCCCCUUGGGCCAUCAGAACCGUCAGGAUCGUCGAGGAGAGAUCACUGGCGCUUCUCAGUGACAGAAAACGCCGGUGCACAUCGCGAAGUCCUCGGAUGUUUUAAUCAAGAUGCUUCAGGUGGCCCCCGGUAUUUACAGAUAAACCCCAGGACAACCCACUUUGACUGAGCAGGGGGGUGAACUCAAGUCAUCAUUUACUGGUUUGUGAUGAAAAUGCACAUUUGCUUGGCAGUGUUUUUUUUGGACAGAGAGAACUGGGACAAUCACUCUCCCAGCUGAGACGAGCAGGAACUUCGGAUGGACGAUGUGCUGAUGUGGAAACUGCUUUUUAACUGUUCAUAAAGGACACAGAGUUUCUUGUCUUGGUCAACAGGUGUAUUUAAGCUUCUCUUUAGUCGUGGUUUUCACAGAGAACAUACAUGAGGGGACUUCUUCUGCUUUGAUCAGGGCUGUAAUUUCUACUGCCAGUAAUGCAAAAUGAUCAUUUAUAUCUUGCUUUUCUUUAAAAUGUGUCGCCCUCCGCUUUUGAAACGGUGGGAAAUGAUGGAGGAUUGCUAAAAAUGACCAGAAUUCCCGACCCCCUGCCCCAGAGGGGUGAUUUUCUUGCAAUUGAGUCUCCUCUCAGCUGGAUAUUCACCUUUGUGAUGUUGGAAUCCCAUGACUUGGGAAUGGCAGCUGCGGCCGAGCAGCUUUGUUGGCAUGAAAAUCAUAAGUGGGCACUUGGUAUAAAUACAGAGAGAAGUCUCUGCUCUCUCUUGAGGUGCAAGGAGUUUCUCCCAGAAGGAUCAUUGUCCUUGGUGGAUUCUGUAGGUGAGCACUGUUGGGUACCCCAGAGCUCUGGGCAUCACCCUUGUGUAGCUUUGCCACCCCUGUUUGAAAGGUUUGGGCCAAUAUUCUGCUUUUCCUGACAAUAUUCUGGGGUUUCCUGUGGUUUAUUUGCAUGGUUUCACUGUCUGACUCCUCCUCAUUUAGAUGGUCGCUCCUCUCACUCAUCAAUGCACAGCCAUAGCUUUAAAUGCCCUUUGAACCUGAAAAUAAUUCAUGAAUAAUGAAUAAUCCCUCAAUUACUCCAGCUGAGGAAAGAUAAGUGCAUUUUUUUAUGAUAUAUAUAAGCGUAAUAUGAUAUUUUUUUAUUAUUAUUUACAUUGCACUGAACAGCCUGUAGAGAGGUUUCUUUUUAAAAGCUUAAAUACUGAUAAAUACUCCACUAUUCAGUGUUGUUUGUGUGAUGUUUCCUGUCUGCUGUUGUUACUGGUUUAUAUCUUCUCCAGAGAUGGCACUUUCAAUUAAAAAUUAUUCCAAUAUUCGCUGGUGGAAAACAUUUGUGGUGACAAAAAUUGCUUGGAAAACUCCUGGCAAAAAAAAUCUUAGUUUGAAUUAAAUUCUCUCUUGGCCUCAGUACAGUUUGGAAUUUCAUCUGCUUUGGCUUUUCCCAGCUUUGGGGAAUAUUUACAGGUACCUUUCUGAAGGGUGAUUUAUCCUGGUAGAGCCACUCUGUGCCCAGAGAUAUUAAAAAGGACAAGAAAACUUGA